CCUCAAAUGGGCGGCAGGACGAAAGCGAUGGAAAACACCUAGCGAAGUUGGUGACGAGGAAAAGUCGCGUUGCUUCAUUCUAACAUGUGGGGAGGAUUUUGGAUCCUUCUUUGGGUUGCUGGCUUCGUCUCAUCUCUUUCGUGUGUUACGAUUCCAUUGCAUGGAGCCGUAAGCUUGGUGCCCGGCCGGGUUCCGUACACCGAAGCCUUUCUAGAUUAACCUAUCAACUCCAAUCCCACUGAUAGCUAAUCACGCGCUGUCGGGUUCCGUGCCGAGAUGUCUAAAUAGGUACUGAAGUCAUAAUACUUCUUCCAGUGGAUCCUGUUAUCAAGGGGCUUUGCAUACCUAAAGCACGUACCUGAAGAAUUUCAAGUGACACUUUACUACCUCAGCACAUAACGCUAUGUGGAAGAUCGCAAAAGAUGUUCCGCAAACAGCGGUCUCCAACGGCCAUACCAAGCUCCAGGAGGUAAACCACGGCACCCCACUAGACGAAAUCUUCAAGUACUUAGACGAAGACGGAGGCGUGAUCAUCAAGGGUCUUCUCACUCCAUCCGAAGCAACUCAGCUACGCGAGGAGUUAAAAGCCCCGCUUGAUCGAGUACAACGUGGCUCCUUGUACGCCGGGUACCACGACGGCUUAGCCAACUUCCACGGCAGGAAAACUAAGCGCGCCGGCGGUUUAGUCAACCAUAGUUCCAUAUUUCGCAACCGUUUCGUUGAAAAUGAUCUUAUUCACGCUAUCUGCACGCGCGUUUACAGCCAAGACGGCCAUGCCGGCGAUUACUGGCUUUCCGGGGCGACAACCAUCUUCGUCGAGGGACCACAGGAGCCACAACAGUUGCACCGAGAUUCUCAAUCACACCCUCCUUACGUUGAGUUGGGACACGAAGGAACAGAGGGUACUAUCAAUUUCAUCAUUGCCGUAACUCCAUUCACGGAAGCAAAUGGCGCCACUGCGGUUAUUCCGGGUAGUAACAAAUGGCCAUACGAUCAAUUCGGAAACUACGAACAGACAGUGCCCGCAGUCAUGGACCCUGGCGAUGUUUUAUUCAUUGGGGGCAAAGUAAUUCAUGGCACAGGAAGGAAUAGUACAACAGAAGAAAGAGGAUGCAUUCAAGUCUCAAUCGUCCCAAGCUUUUUAACACCACAAGAAGCAAGCCCUCUCAUUCUAGAUUUCAAUAUCGUGAAGAAAAUGUCGAAGCGAGCACAGCAAUUCCUAGGGUUUAGGUCACAGUACCCAAGAGGCUCGCCAGGGUUAUGGUUAAGUGAUUAUCAGGAGCUGGCUUUACAUACGGGGGUUGACGACCCAUCACCGCGCGUCAAUAUUUUAUAUCAUGAUAGUUGAGGUUUUAGGUCGUUGUUAUUUUCCAAUUUGUAUCAAUUCGGUACCUGCGUACCUGCUCAGAACUGGCUUUCACGCCUCCAGGUGAAUGAGAGCUCUCAUUAGUACUCAAAUAUCCGAUAAACACAGUAGAAAGUCUCUGAAUAAACACUCAUGAUAGCGGAAAAUUAUAUUUAUAGUACUUCGAUUAUACUUAUGGAAGAAGGAAUAGGUAUCUUGCGAGUUGUGUUACUCAGGCACUGCAAAUGAUUU